AGAGAAUGAGAGCAAACGAGCAGCAUCGUCGACGAGACAGUUUCGAUGCGUGCCGUUGUCGAUCAACUUGAAUUAAAAGAAAACUGGGUUAUGGUGUUGGUGUGUUCGAUUAAAAGCAACAAAAUUAUUUUCCGACGACGCAUUGAAACGGUCAUUUGAGUGUACACAAAGUUUGCCUUUUUUCAAUUCAACUGGAAAUAGAUUUGGAUUUUACACACAAUGUCGAAUUUAAUGCUUAUUCACAUCAAAGACACGCAAAAAUUGUUUUCUUUUAUCUGAAAAGCAUCGCAAUUAAAUGAAAAUUUAUAGCAUCGAAAUGAAUAAAUCACAUACGAGAAUGAUGCGUAAAAUUUAAGUGAGUAACUUGAAGUGGCUCAUUCAUGAAAAUUAUCGACACAAUUUUCUAGAUCAUUUCGAAUUGUAAAUCGUAAAGAAAAUACUUAAAAAUUUAAGAAAACUGAUUUCAAAUUGAAGAAACAAAAGUAUGAAUUCGUCUAGUCUGAGAAAGCAACAUGGAAGCAUCCAUAGGAUACGUGAGUUUGAAUUGGAAAAGGUUAAUCUAUCGGAUGAGUUUGAUAUUUUACAAAUUGUCGGCGAAGGAUGGUUUGGCAAAAUUUUAUUGGUUGAACAUAGAGCGACCGAUACAGAAAUGGUGUUGAAAGCAUUACCGAAACCGUACGUUUCGCUACGAGAUUUCUAUCGAGAAUUUCAUUAUGGACUGCAUUUGGGCGCACACAAAAACAUCGUUACAACUUAUGACGUUGCUUUUGAAACGGCUGGUUUUUAUGUAUUCACACAGGAAUAUGCACCAUUGGGUGAUCUAACGUCGAAUGUAUCGGACAUUGGUAUCGGUGAAAUGCCCACCAAACGUGUUGCCAAACAAAUUGCAUCCGCUCUUGAUUAUAUUCAUUCAAAAGACUUAGUGCAUCGAGAUGUGAAAUUGGACAAUGUUUUAGUUUGUCGGUCCGAUUUCUCUCGUGUAAAACUAUGCGAUUUCGGUGAAACUCGCAAGGCUUAUAGUUAUGUACAACGACGAAACGAAUGGCUGCCGUACAGUCCGCCAGAAGUACUUUCAAUCAGUACAGACCAAACAUAUCAAACGGUUCCAUCGCAUGAUUUUUGGCAAUUUGGUAUUGUACUGUUUGUGUGCUUAACGGGUUGUCUUCCAUGGCAAAAGGCGGCAUCGGAUGAUCCUCGAUAUAUGCGAUAUUUGGUAUGGCAAAGCUCAACUAUGGUUAUUCCCAUCAAACGAACACCAAAAUUAUUUAAAUUGCUCACAAAUCGUGCAUGUAAACUAUUUCGUAAAUAUCUUGAACCGAUACCGGAACGUCGACCAAAGAAUCUAUCCGAUCUUCAUAAAUUCUUGGACGAUAGAUGGCUUGCGAAAAAUGCAGAAAAAGAUAUGAUUGCAAACGAACCGGAUGAAUUGUGUGCGUCAAUGUAUUCGUUUCACAGUAGUCCAGAGGAAAAGAAUAAAUUAUUGUAUGCAUUGACACAGCAUGGCAUUGAAACGACGGUAGAUAGAGUGGCUAAAAAGAAACGAAUUCGAGAUUGGAUUCAAGAGUCUGUCAUUCAAGAGGAAGAGAAUGAGAACGACGACGAAGAAGAAGACGAAGAGGAAAUUCGUCAUACAAGUCGAGCACCGGUACCGGGUCACGUUUCCUCAGUUCGUGCUCAAGAAAAAGAGGCACGCACACAAAUUGUAUCGACUGUCAAAGAUGCAGCCAACAAACACAUAAAUCCGCGAACCGGAAAAAUACAACACGGACCAAGUGAAAUGGGCCAUCAUACGACGGAUAAUGUUGAACGGACAUCGCAGGAACGCAUAACCGCGCAGCCAAAACAAAUGGACCAUACCAAUGUACUGCAACCAAGGCGACGAGAAAAUGAUGUCUACGAAUAUCGUCGUACAACAAAAUUAGUGGAUGUUGGAUCGCAAACAUCAAGUGAAUCACAAAAACAACUUGAAGCGGCUAAUAAUGCUGCACGAACCUAUACACCUGAACGACCGAAUUCCAUUGGUGCAAUAAUCGAUUCACAUUCGGUACCAACCGUAUCACAUACACCACCAUCUCUUCCAUAUUCAAAUAGUAAAAGUCAAAAUACACAAACAAACCUGAGUCGAAUAGAUCAAACAACAUCACGUGGCUUUAUGUCAGCAUUCAAUUCACUUGCCACCGUCGCCGUUCCCGUUGCUAUACCAGAGAUACAACAAACUCAGCCAAAAUGUGGCCAACAACCGGUAUCGUCCAAUGAGACGAGAAAUAAUAAUCGUGAUCGAUCACAUUCACGACAAAGUUAUCAACACCGUCACAACACGACUGCACUUACAAAACAGCCGCUUUCACGUUCUGUACACAAUUUCAAUAAUUUAUCGCCCAUCAAUGACAGUGGCUAUGGUUCAUUGGAUAAACUUCGUUCGAAUGAUGGUGCUAACGUUUUGUUGGCAUCACCAACCUUUUCAAAGCGUUCAAUCGUUCAAUCGAAAUUGAUCACGUUGCCAAAUGGUGGCAACGUUUCAAGCAAUGACAUUAUUCACAUCAAUGGUAAGUCACAUUCACAACACGAAAGUAACAGCCCAUUUCAUUCGGAUUCUGGAGGUGAUGGCAGCCCACGCGGUUCAAAUGGUUUUGUCAAUUAUGCCGGCAUUAAUACAUCAGCAACAUUCAUACCGACUGAAAGAAAUAAUCUACGAGUUAGCAUGAAAGAUACAGCAUACGAUCGAGUUCGAGGCAUGCGACGAAAGAGAUGAUUUCAAUUAAAUUCAUUACAUAUAGAAAAAAAACCUAUUAGAGGUAUAUCGACUUUGACGAAUCCAACCAUUUAUGUAUUCAUUCGCUUUUAAUUUCCAUUGAAAAAAGAUUGUUUUAAACGGGAGUCUCCGAAGAAGGAAAAAAAACUUUUAAAAUUUUCUUCGAAUUUGACUUAUUAAUAUGGAAUAUUAUAAAACGAAAUAAAUUUCACAAACAUUAGCGUGUUUUUUUUAA